AACACAAAAAAAUAAAAAGUUUGGGAAAAGCGCUUCUUUGAGUAGUCCAUUCCAAUAGCUCAUGCUGCUGUUAUUUCAGCGGCGGCGCGCUGAUUGGCCGCCGAGCAGCUGGCCUGAAUUAGCGGUGGGUGGCGUUCGCCUCCAGCGCACUAUAUGUAAUAUGUGAGUCCGAAGCGUUCAGAGAGACCGAGGGGGAUCGGAGGCACUCGUGUGAUCGCUGAGACAGAGCUGACUUUCUACGGUGCGCUACUUUAUUUAACAGUACAAAAGCGAGGAUGCGGUCACUCAAGUGCGCUGUUAUAAGCCUGCUGCUGGUGCUCUGCCUGCCGCUGCACCAGGUCGCACAGGCUUGCUCCUGCGCCCUGUCUCACCCGCAGGAUGCCUUCUGCAACUCGGACAUAGUUAUCCGGGCCAAGGUGGUGGGGAAGAAGCUUCUCAAGGAUGGCCCAUUCGGCACCAUGCGAUAUACGGUCAAGCAGAUGAAGAUGUAUAAAGGAUUUGAUAAGGUUCAACAUGUCCAGCACAUCUACACUGUUGCUUCUGAGAGCUUGUGCGGCGUCAAAUUUGAUGUCAACAAAUACCAGUACUUAAUCACAGGCCGUGUGUAUGAUGGCAAAGUGUACACCGGACUCUGUAACUUCAACGAGAAGUGGGAGCAACUGACCCUGGCCCAGAAAAAGGGCUUUAAUCACCGGUACCAGCAGGGCUGCAACUGCAGGAUUAAAGCCUGCCACUACCCGCCCUGCUUUCUGACUUCCAAGAGCGAAUGCUUGUGGACGGACAGGCUUUCCCACUCCGAAUUCCCCGGACACCAGUUCCGCCACUUUGCCUGUAUCCAGCAAAAGGAGGGACACUGCAGCUGGUACAGAGGAAGCCUGACCCACAAAAAAAAGCCACCGGCACCCCUGAGCCCCGAGCCCACCCCCCUCGCCACGCUUAGGGUGCCCCUCGCGACUGCCGCCAUGACCGUCGCACCGUGAUGCUCUAGGGGCACAGCGGCGGCACUCAGAUCUAAAGCAAUACCUUUUUUUUUUGUUUUGUUUCGGCUCGCCGACUCCCUUCGCUUCUAAGGUCGGCCAAACGCUGCCGUAAAGGACCGAACCAAAAGCCGCACACAGGACAUGCGUAAUCGCCGCGGCCACCCAGCGGGGCUGCUCCUUCAAGAAGAGCCUAACCGUAGAGACGCUUGCGGCGAGAUUAUAAGUGACUUUCCCAAGCUGAGCGUUAUGUUUGUGCUUCCAUUAAGCUUUCAAUGUUCGUUCCCUGUACCUACAGUAUAGUGUGCACUGUCACCAGCGAGGACAAUGGCACCAUAACACAGGCUUUAUUAAAACAACGCCGCCCCGUUCUUGCCACUGAGGUAUUUGCCAGCAGUGUUCAUAUCAGCUAUUUAAAAAAAUGAUUUUGAAAUAUUGAGGAUGUAGUAUAUAUGUGCGUGAACUUGUCUGUUCACAAUGCAAAUGGUAUAUAUUUAUUGGUGUUCUGGUUUCUGAACCCCUACUGUAUGUGUUCGAUAAUCUAUAGCCAUUCUUAGUGCUAAUUUAUUCAUACAAGUAUUUGGUUAAUAAGCUGAAUGAAUAUUUAAAAAAAUAAAUAAAAUUCAUGCAUCAUCAUUAAUGAUGAGCUCCAUAAAAUGAACAGAUGGUUACAUAUGAUAUAGAUUUUUAUUAUAAAAAAAGUAUUUAUGAUGUCAGGUCUGUACAGAGCUGAUGACUCCUUAUAAUAAUUUUAUUUUUUAAUGGUACCCUUUUUUAUAACUUUCUACUAAAGAGCAAGCACUUAUUCAUUAGAUAAACAAUAUUUUUCAUGUUUUUUUUCCAAUAAACUUUUAGUUUAAAAUCUUAUUUUCAGAAGACAGCAGAAAAUGUAUAUUUUUGUCUCUCUCGGCCUCUAAAGGAUUUGUAGACACACAUUUUAAGAGCUCUGAGUACCGUGACAAGUGAAAUAAAACUCGCUCUACUGAGGUCCAGUGCAUGAAUAACAUCAAUGUAUGUUGACCGGUGAGAAUCAGAAGUAAUUACGCAAGAUGCUUAACUCAAGCAUACGUGAUGGUCAUGGCUAAUCCACAUAUCAUCAUUGCUGUUUGAUGCAGAUUAUGCCAUUGUACUUAAAAUCAAUCCCACAAUCAGACUCGGGCAACUGAUUCUAGGGUCUCCAGCGUGAAACGGUGUGAGUCACUGUCCGGUUGUGUAGAUUCUCCAUGACUCCCAUCAUCACUAGUCCUGUUUAUUUUAGUUCUACAUGCUACAGUAAGAUUCACACCAAGCUUUCAUGGCAAGUUUUACUAAUGUCACUUGUUAUCGUUGGCAUUUCUGUAUAGAGACUGCUUAGCAUGGGAAGGAAUCAUGGUGGCCUUGAUUAAGUGAGGGGCAAUUUAACCGAUGAUUGUACUGUUGACGUCGUCUGUUUUUAUGUGUGCACACAUUCUUUGGGCUUCCGUCUCUGGUAGGAGCUACAGAAAUGUUUGACUUUUAACACUCUCUGUUUUAUAUUUUUAUAAUAAAGAAUUAAUGAAAAGUA